GCACGGAUUGCCGUUAUCGUCAUGAAGAUCUUCACCCUUUUCCUUCCAGUUAUCACCCCAACCGCUCUUGCAGCGGCAGCGGCAACCGGAACAGCAACAUCCUCACCAUCCCAGCAACCCGCUGCAUCUGCAUGUCGCUACAUCCCCGGGGAUCGUGGUUGGCCCGCCGCCUCGACCUGGACUCGGCUGAACGCCACGGUUGGAGGUCGCCUUCUGGCCACCAACCCUCUAGCCCACUCAUGCCAUGAUCCCACCUAUGACAAUGCCACCUGCACAACCCUCGAGAGGCAAUGGGGGGAACCCAGCCUGCAAAUUCCGUAUCCGGCUGAAUUCCUCUCGCCAUGGUUCCAGAACCAGUCCUGUGUGCCAUUCACCGACCAGUCCACCCCCUGUGAGCUGGGCAAUUAUGCCAGUUACUCGAUCAAUGUGACGGGUCCCCGCGAUAUCGUGGCUGGAUUGAGCUUCGCGCAGUCGAAUAACGUGCGGCUCACUAUCAAGAACACGGGCCAUGAUGAGAACGGCAAAGGGACGGGCAAGGGCGCACUCUCGCUGUGGACGCACAACCUCAAGGACAAGCGGUUCCUGCCCGCGUACCGCAGCAGCUACUACAACGGGCCGGCGGUGCAGCUGGGCGCCGGGGUGCAGGGGGAGGAGGCGGCGACGUUCGCGCAUCAGCACGGCUACCGCGUGGUGGUGGGCUCGUGUCCGACGGUGGGGGUGGUGGGAGGCUACACGCAGGGGGGCGGGCACUCGUCCAUGUCCGGGCUGUACGGGCUGAGCGCGGACAAUGUGCUGGAGUGGGAGGUGAUCACGGCGACGGGGGAGCACCUGGUGGCGACGCCGGCCAACGACCACCGCGACCUGUACUGGGCGCUCAGCGGGGGCGGACCGGGCACGUACGGGGUCGUCGUCUCGAUGACCACGCGCGUGUUCCCGGAGCAGCCCGUCGGGGCCGCCUCGUACUCGUUCACCGUCGCCUCCACGGGCAACGGCAGCGGCAGCAGUGAGGACGCCUACUGGCAGGCCGUCACCACCUUCCACGCGCAGAUGCCCGGGCUCCUGGACCAGGGGGUGUAUACGACCUACGCGGUCACGAACGACAGCUUCAGCAUCUACGCGCUGGUGGCGCCGAGCCACACCGAGGCCGAGUUGACGCGGCUCCUGGCGCCGAUGCUGACGGCCCUGGCCCAGCACGACGGCCUCACCCCGCAGGCCCUGGCGCUCCAGACCUCGGGCGCCGCCAGUCUCUACGACCUGCUCGCCGCCGACCUGUGGCCGACGCUGGCGGGGGCUGCCCUCGUCCCCGUCAUGGGCGGCCGGCUGAUCACCCGCGCCAACAUCGACGCCAACGUCGCCGGCGUCGUCCAGGCCAUGCGCACCAUCACCCGCGGCGGCACCUUCUACUUCUCCUGCACCGGCAUCAACACCACCACCGCCGCCGCGCAGGCCGUCGGGCCCGUCGCCGACAACGCCGUCCUCCCCGCCUGGCGCGACACCGCGUACUCCUGCCUGGUCGGCGCCGCCUGGAGCUGGGGCGACUCCUGGGCCCCCGUCGCCGGCUGGCAGGCCGAGCUGCUCGACCGCGUGCUCCCCGCGCUCGAGGCCGUCACCCCGGACUCCGGCGCGUAUCUCAACGAGGCCAACUACCAACAACAGAACUGGCAGCAGCAGUUCUACGGGAAGAACUAUCCGCGGUUGCUCGCGAUCAAGAAGCAGUACGAUCCCUGGGACUUGUUGUAUGCGGUGUCCGCGGUCGGGAGCGAGGCGUGGCAGGCGGAUGGCGCGGGGCGAUUGUGUCGGGCGGCGCAUUUGUGAGGUGGAGGUGGCGGAUUGUAUGUUUAGUCGGACGUAUAGUAACUGGUAUCUAUAGCUUGCGAUUCUGGAUCGGCCGGGUGUGGUCUGGAUAUACUACUUAGUAGUACUUUAGGAU